UGGAACGAGAGAGAGUCGAGGAGUGGUGGGAGUGCGCGCCCGGGGGCAUUGAACAAAGGUUGGAGCCGGCAGCACUGGCAUUCAAGAUUCAAACAUGGCAGCGGCUACCAGCGUUGUCGUGCUCGACAGGGGGAAUAAUACCACCUGCACGAUCAAUUUACACGGAGCGACUGUUGUAUCCUGGCGAGUCAAUAAUCAAGAACAGCUGUUUGUUAGCAAGCAAGCAGUCUUCGACGGAAAGAAACCCAUUAGAGGCGGAAUACCAUUUGUCUUUCCACAAUUUGGAGCAUGGACAUUUGGUCCGGGUCAUGGUUUCGCAAGGAUAAUUCGAUGGAAUGUGGAGAAAUCACCUGAACGAUUACCAAGCGGUGAUGUUGAGGCUAUUUUCUCACUAAUGGACAAUGAAUUUACACGAUCGAUGUGGAAUUAUCCCUUUAGGUUAACGUACAGGCUAAUUCUAAGAGAAAAAGAAUUGCAUUUUAAUAUUGGCGUUUACAAUCCUAACAAGGAUCACACAUUUAGUUUUAAUUUGCUGUUGCACACAUAUUUCAAGGUGCCUGACGUUAGAAGGUGUCAAAUCACAGGUCUUCAUGGCUGUACAUUUAUUGAUAAGACGAGAGAUAAUCAGGUAUUUCAAGAGGGUCGAGACGUGGUGACAGUCUGUGAAUGGACGGAUAGAAUUUAUCAGAAUACACAACCGGAACAUAUAAUUACAAAUGUUGUAUCUGGAAGGAAGAUGCGUGUGCAAAAAUAUAAUUUUCCCGACACUGUCGUUUGGAAUCCAUGGCAAGAGAAGGCAAGGGAUAUUCCUGAUUUUGGCGAUGAUGAAUUUCCAAAUAUGAUUUGUGUGGAAAGUGGACAUGUUAGUAGUCCAGUGAUUCUCUUGCCAGGAACGGCUUUCGAGGCCAGUCAAAUUUUACAGGUAAUGUGAGUAGAGGGAGGACCAUCAUCUCACGUUCCGGUUACCGGUGGGUCGAGAUCAUUGCUUCCGAUUUCAUCACCGUCAGGAGCAUCGGUUUGGUCAGCAGAUUCUGGUUGGCUUUAUAUGCCACCACCGCCACCGCCACCUCCACCCCCGUCUCCACAUUCUCCGCAUUUUCAUCCACAUUGUAUUGCACAAACCUGCACCAUUUGCUCCUUGAAUCUUUAGUUUCAAUUUAAUCCAAAAAAAAGGUAUAGAAAAAAUUUUAACUGUAUUUUUUUUUCACUUUCCAUUUUAUCAAUAAUAUCUAAUAUUUUGUAUAGUUUGUAAUAAUCGGAAAUCAUUCCAAAGUGAACGUAAAAUUUUAUUUCGUUAAAAAAAUAUUAUCAAUAUAAUUGAAAAAUUUUCCAAUAUUCUAACUAGACAUCAAUAUAAUAUGUAAUAAGAAUGAGAAUCGGAUUCAGUUAUUUUUGUCUAACUUUAUAACUAUUAUUGUAAAUAGUUUCUUAGACAACGAGAACACUAAAAUAAUAAUAAUUAUUAUUAUAAUUCAAUGGACUUUCAAUGUCAAUGAUUUUUAACUGUGAUUUAGCUUACAAUUAUAAUAAUAAUAAUAAUUUCUCAAGGUUUUAUUCUGCACAAAUUCAUUCCAUUUAUAACAGAGAAUCUGGUUUUUAUUCACUUCCGUCCAGGAAAAAUAUCUUUUUUAAUUUAAAAAUCACUGGAGACGUGGUGUUUUUUUUCUAUUUUUUUAGAAAAAAAUUAAUAUUCUUUAAAAUUUGUCGUUAAAUAACGUUGAUCAAUGAUUUUAAAAUUAAAAGAAUUAUAAUAAAACCGUUUUUCAGAAAUUCUUUUCUGAAUUAAAAUUGAAUUCUUUUCAAAAAGUGAAAUAAAAUUAAAUUUUUUUCCCGAAAAAAAAUUUAUUAUUCAUAAAUGAGUUAAAGGUGCUUAAGUACUCGAAUAAUUCUCGAGUAUUCUUACAAUGAUUUAUCAAUAAACAAUAUUAAAUGGUGCUAAAAAGCUGCAAGUAAUAAUAUAAUAUGAAUAAUAAUAAUAAUAUUAAUAAUCAUAAUAAUAAUAAUAAUAAUAAUAAUAGCAGGAGUGGCAUGCAAUAAUUAUAUAAAAGAAAUUGUCAUGAAAUUCACAGAUAAGAUUUUUAUGUCCUUAGACAUCGAAUUAAUUAUAAGUAACUACAAAAAAGAAAAUAUGUGUCAAUUUAUCAAAUCUUAAUAUUCAUUGUCAGGCAUAAGAUUACAAAUUUUAUAUAGCUUUAUUGUAAUAAUUUGGGGAAUGAUUUUUUGAAAAUAAAUAAUAUACUGCCGCCCAUUUCUAGUUACUUUAGUAACGAUUUAUAAGAAAAAUUAUUUAAUACUUGGACUCAAAAGUUGUUAUUUAAUAGAAGCGAAAUUUCUUGUACAAUAUAUUGAUUUAUUAAUUAUGAAUUUUUUUUUUUAAUGCAAUGAUUCAUAAUAGAAUGAAUAAAAAUGUUUGUUUUACACUGA